UGCUUGUGGUUUAGGGCCACUUCCCGCACACACAAGUCGCAUCGAACAGACGCAGGGGGAGAGACGGCCGUGAGACAGCGCAGGGUCUGCAGGCAGCAUGGAGUUCCUGCAGCGACAUCUCCCGCGGGUCUACCAGGCUGUACAGGAUGCUAUGAAUUUUUUCACCAAUUUCACGGCACAAGUUUUUGGUGCUCCACCGAAUGCCCCGCAGCCCAGAAAUGGCGGGACCAACGUGCCGAUCCAGAAAGAGUCAGAAGGACCAACCGCCCCGGAAGAGACACGCGGCAAGAAGGAGACAGACCUGCUAACCUCAACCCCAGAGCUCCUCGGUGUCACAGAAGAGAAUGGAGACAGCGCCGGGGUCCAUCCAGGUAAAGAUGCAAUGCCAGCAAAAUCUGAACACUUCCCCUUGAGUACAGGCGCUAGAGCCUUACAGUGUUUCCAAGUUUACCUGUAUAUAAAUAUAUAUAGCUUCCCUGAAGACCUCAGUGAUGAAUUCCCUGAAGCCAACUUUCCGACCUAUCUACCUGCACUUAUGACAAGGGGCUUUAACUCUCUCUUAUCACAUUAUGAAGUCUGUGAAAGAUAUAACACCAGUGGGAAAGUCAGCCAAAUGAAGGGUAUAAGGCCCAAAGGGCUUUUAGAAGACCUCAGUGAUGAGAUCCCUGAACCCAACUUUCCAACAGGUCCAACUUCAGUCAUGAAUUCCAUGAAGAAUAAAACACCAAUGGGGAAGUCAGCCAACUGCCCCUACCUGAAAUGUUAUCUUUGGAUAGAAUGA